AUGAGCUGAGAGCUGGUUGGAGAGCUGGUGACAAACACUCCGGAUUUGCCCCACAAAACGCAGAGCAGUAACCUGACGGACACUCGCUCAAACUGUUUAAAUUCCUGAGCAGCGUAUAUCCUCGAAAGUAGCAGGGGAGCCUCUACUGUUUCAUCAGAGACCGGGAAGUGCUCACACAAUGGACACGGGGAGCGCGUUUUGUCACUGAGUGUUCACGGAACGGGACUGAUGUUUUGCAAAGACUGCUGCUGCUGCUGCUGCACGGAAGGGGCCGUGGAGCCACAAAGCGAGGAGAAGGAGAACUCAAAGGGAAGACACGCCAAUAAGGAGGGCAAAGCAGGACGCGUGUGUGCAGAGAAGCAGUGCCCUAGAUCUGAAUAACAUCUGAGUAACUCUGUCAUUCAGGAUCCUUUUAUGCUGUUUCGAGCACAAGUUUCUCCACCCGCACCUGGAUAAACAAAGGGAAUGCGUUCAGUGGCAGCCCAUCUCCAUGCGUAACUGGAGACGCAUGGGCGCGUAUUCGCUGUACUUUUUCAUUAUGCGUACAAUAAUUGAUGUUUGUUUUGUCACCUACUCAUGCCCUGUCCCAUGACCACACUGCUAUAGAUGCAAUAUAGACUUCCUCAUACUUCAUAUCUGCCAUGAGUGAUGGCGAUGCCUGCAGAAUCUGACAGUACCGGUGCGCAGAGCAGCACUCGUGAAAAAAGCUUCAGCGCACCGGAUAGCAAUGGUUAUGUGAAAACAUGUGUCAUCCCACUGUGCCGUGACCGAGAUUACGAGUCGUGGGUGAGGCUAAUGUUCACAAAAAUAUGGAGUUCCCAGAGACUCCGGAGUGCGGUGUGUGUGGGGUCGCUUUCGGUUUUUCUCGCUCUGCUGGUCAAAUGUGCAGACUGGAAAGCUGAAGCCAGCAGCAGCAGCGCUGACAACACACUCUCGCGUUCAUCGUCUCCCCUUCACUUCGUCUCAGGCUGCGCGGCGGAGCUGUUGCAAACUUGCUGGAGUGUUGUUUCCCCACUGUUUACCCUCGUUUGUGCCUUCUUUUGGGUCGGUGUCUACUUAAUCCGCUGCGGAGUGCUCAUCCAGAGCGCCCUCUCCUUUCUAACCUUGUGCCACCUGGGCGAAUCAGCGGCGUGGUCUCUCGUGUACGGGACAGAUGAGCAGCUGUUUUCAUUCACGACAGCAGCCGUGGUCGUGCUCGUCUGCGUGGCCACCGGUGCACUCAUGGUAGCACGGCUGAAUCAGGGCAUAUCGUUGAUAUUUUUCAUCAGCUUUGUCAGGACUAUCUCACUCUUUUCGCUGCAAAAAGUUCGGUCCACUUGGAGACCGUACGUAGCGUACCUGGUUGGAGUGCUGGGCAUCCUGCUGGCGAGGUAUGCUGACAAGCUCCUUCCCAACCAAGGGAGACACAAGGAGGGCUGCACCCCCGUGACUGGAGCCAGGGAAGAGAUCCCUGUAUUUAAAAGGCGCAGGAGGUCCAGUUCUGUGAUAGCCUCAGAGAUGGCACACAGUCAGUCCAACAGUAAGUCACAUCGCCGGACCUCUCUGCCAUGCAUCCAGAGGGACCAGAUGCUCCCCCGCUCGGAGUGGGACCACAAGAGAGGCUCCCGAGGAUCACAGUCAUCAGGCACUACUGUGAUGGUGGACAUAGCAGUGAUGGGAGAGGCCCACGGGCUGAUCUCAGACCUGCUGGCUGACCCCUCUCUGCCCCCCAACACCUGCACCUCGCUGCGGGCCGUCAGCAACCUGCUCACCACCCAGCUCACCUUCCAGCCGCUGCACCGGCCGCGCCCUGCUCCCCUGCUCAACCCCAGCGAUGCCUACACCUUCUCCGACUCAGAGGAGGGACCGGAGAAAGAAGGGAAAACGUCCAUCCAUAAGCGUAUUAGGCGGAGUCUCCACCCUGGUCUUCUGAGGAGGAUUUCUUCCACGUGGACCACCACCACCUCCGCCACAGGCCUGCCGUCCAUCGAGCCCGGACCUGUCCGAAGGGACCGCAGCGCCAGCAUCAAACCCUUCCAUGAAGCACUCACCUGCAGCUGUGGGAGACCGUACAUCAGACUGAGCCAUGGGGAGGGGUCUUUGGACAAGGGAGACAGGAUACCACGGUCAGCAGAGGACCCAAUGGUGGCGUCAUCAGACUAUGAUAGCACCCACGAAGCCAACCACAGUGACAGCAGUGAUGUAGCACACACAGAGGAGGACGCAGAAGAAGGAAAGAACCCUGCGCAAAACGUCAUCCUCCUCCCACUAAUACCUCCAGAGGACAAACCAAUUCUGGCUCCAGAACCAUUAGUAAUGGAGGACUUGGAGCCAUUGAUGAGUCAGCUAAAUAAUUGGAACUUCCCCAUCUUCACUUUGAUGGAGAAGACCAACGGGAAAUGUGGACGGAUCCUCAGUCAGGUCUCGUACAGGCUCUUCGAAGACACCGGCCUGUUUGCAACCUUCAAGAUCCCAGUAAAAGAAUUCAUGAACUACUUCCAUGCCCUUGAGAAUGGUUACAGAGACAUACCAUAUCACAACAGAAUCCACGCCACAGAUGUGCUUCAUGCAGUCUGGUACCUCACGACGCAGCCUGUCCCCGGCCUGCCGAGCCUCAUCACUGACCACGGAUCAGCCAGUGACUCAGACUCCGACAGUGGAAUAACACACAGUCAUAUGGGCUUCCUGGUUUCAAAGACCUACACUGUGUCAGAAGAUGGUUACGGAUGCCUGUCAGGCCUCAUACCUGCUCUGGAGCUCAUGGCCCUUUACGUGGCUGCCGCAAUGCACGACUACGACCACCCUGGGCGGACCAACGCUUUCCUCGUGGCCACCAGCGCCCCACAGGCAGUGCUCUACAAUGAUCGAUCGGUUCUGGAAAACCACCACGCAGCCUCAGCCUGGAACCUCUUUAUGUCGCGGCCAGAGUUCAACUUCCUCGUCAACCUGGACCAUGGGGAGUUCAAGCGUUUCCGUUUCCUGGUCAUUGAGGCCAUAUUGGCCACUGAUCUAAAGAAACAUUUCGACUUCCUAGCUGAGUUCAAUGCCAAGGUGGGUGAUGAUCCCUCCACGGGUAUUGACUGGUCUAAUGAGAAUGACAGGCUGCUGGUGUGCCAGAUGUGCAUCAAACUGGCCGACAUCAACGGGCCUCUGAAGUGCAAGGAGCUGCAUCUGCAGUGGACAGAGGGCAUCGUCAACGAAUUCUACGAACAGGGCGACGAGGAGUCCAGCCAGGGCCUUCCCAUCAGCCCCUUCAUGGACCGAGCGGCACCACAGUUGGCCAAACUCCAGGAGUCGUUCAUCACACACAUUGUGGGACCGCUGUGCAACUCCUAUGACUCAGCUUUCCUCAUUCCUGGACGAUGGGUGGAUCCCAACCCAGAGGGAGAGGAGCCAGAGAUAACGGAGAAUGAGGAGGAGGAGGAGGAGGAGGAGGAGGAGGAUGAGGAUGAGGAUAUUGCAGAGGAAGAUGCAUCGACCAGCUCAGAGGCAUCACAGAAAGCUAUUUCCAAGAAGAGAAGGAAAGUGUUCUGCCAGAUCACUCACCAUCUGAUGGAGAACCACGAGAUGUGGAAGAAGGUGAUUGCAGAGGAGGCCCCGAAACAGGGCCAGGGAGCAGAAACCGUCCAUUUAAACAAUGUAGCUGAGCCAAUCCUGGCUAUUCACGAGGAGGAAGAGGAGCCAGGCAGCAGGGAGGAGUUACUGGAAGGAGAGGAUCCAGAGGAGGGAGUGGAGGAACCGGAGUGGCCCGUGACUGAGCAGGAAGACUGUAAACCUGCAGAGGAACGAGCGGAGGAGGACCCACAGUGAAACAGCUCAUGGGAAAUAUGGCGUCAGUCAGGGCAAGGAUGUGAAAAAGUAUUUCUUGUUUUCCAAUCCUAUCAACUGACUCCUAUCUUUGCCAGCACAUCACUUAGACACAACACUGUAGAUGUUUGGGAAAUGUGUGCCUAUACAUAACAAAAGACAGGGUGGGAAAUAUGUGCUUUACACAUUGUAUCUGAAUAUCUGGGUUCACCAAACAUUUAAAGGAGCCUUCCAUAUUGCAAUACAGGAUCAUUUGUGUACUUUGGGAUACAGACUCUUUUGCUACUGUCAAGAGAAGAGGAAGACUGCUUGCACAGACCUCAACCCAAUGUGGUAACACGGGACUGCAGACAUUCGCUGCCAAUUUAUACAUAAUUAUUUUCUGAAUGCAAUUAUAUAUAGACAUCACAGUUACUUGUACUUGUGUUUCAAUUUUAGCAAGAGUUUUUGAGGUCAGACAUGGGCCAUAUUAUGUUUUCUUUUUCUAUAUAUGGAUUAUAAAGGGUCAAUCGAUUGAAGAACAUUGGCAUCUUUUUUUUUUUUUACUUCUGCCAAAAAAAAUCACUCACCCUUAGGCUUAAGCAUAUGAAAACUAAUCUUUUUUUUUUUUUACAUUUGUUGCCAAAUUACUGUAAGUACUUUAUACCAAUAGGUAUAGUCAUAUUACUUUAAGGAAAGAGACAAGAGGCUCCUCACAUUCUGUAUUUGUAUGCGUGUGUGUGUCUGCAUGUUUAUAUAAGUUCUUCUCCAGAGGAUAUAGAUAUAUUUAUCCGAUUUAUUUGUGCCAUCUCUGGUCUCCAGCCUCGAGAUAGAUAUAGAGGUCUUUACAGGGUUCACUGUCCUAAUUGUUGUAUUCCCAAGGCCUGCACUAAGACUGCAUUAGAGGGUGGCUGGAAAUGAAUUUGUGCUCAAUACUAGACCAAAAAGGGAACGUCAGUACAGAGAACAUACACUAAUACAACCAAAGUAUCUAGGAACAAUAUAACGGGAGAUAACAACAAAAAGGGACCAUAAAUGUAUUACCUAAAAUAAUUAAGAUGGAAAAUCCUACAAUAUUCUUUGAAAAGGGUCCACACAUCAGGGAGACUAACUAAUACACUUUCCUUUGUAUUAUCUUUGCAACCCAUAACUCUCUGACUAUGUAUUUGGACUCAGUGUGCUGUAUUAUAGUCUCAACACACUUUCCUCAUUAUGUAAAAAAAACCUGCAAAUGAUGCUGACCGUUAACCCUCAGGAAAACCUUAACUGUAGAAAUUCAAAGUAAACAUUUGUACCACCUGUGAGGACAGUACGUUACAAAUAUGCAGGGAUAGUACAUGAGUUUAGAAUAUGUUCAUAAAAGGCUGCAGUUUAUGUCACAACAAAGCCGAUAAACACAUUGAACUCUUCCCCCGUCACCUCAGGGCGACAUUCAUUCUCUCAGAGCUCCAGCGUCUGGAUUUACAAUUUGAUUUAUCACAUAUUUUUUCUGUGAUGAUACAGAGGGAAAUCAUUCAGAUAAAAAAAAUGUUAUCACUCAAGAAAAAUGUAGUUUGACAUGUACAGCAGUCAAGGUUAAUGUAAUUCAAAGUGCUCAUGCAAGGCUGAAACGAUUAGAAAAAUAAUGUUUUUUAUUUCAUUAAUUGGAUUGCAAUAAAAGCUACCUUUUCAGUGAUGGCCAAAUUGACGGUAAUUGCAGCAUAAUGUGUUAUUGAAUCACUUACUCAAGCACUAAAGCAUCAGAUUUGUCACUUGGAAAUAACCAUGACCCAAUGUUUUUCAAUCAUUCACUCCCUGAGAGUUUUUACUUACAUGUGCACAUCUUUAGAGUUGUUGUUUUCUUAUGUUUCACUAUCACUGGGAAAAAGGAAGUGAAUAUGUUAGUUUUUGCGAUCUUUACCCCAAAUUUGUAAUUGUUCAAAUCAAUGAUUCAUUCAACAAAAAGAAAGAGCUCUUGAAACGUUUCCAAAAGACAUAAAAACAUUGUUUCUAAAACAUGACUUAAUAAUUGGUAAAUUGAAUAUAAAACACAAAUCAUAAACCCUACAUUCAACAACGAGAAGCCAUGAGGAAAAGCAAUUACAAAACCAACUUUGCAGUAGCUGGAGUAGCAUUCAAAAUGUCUCUGAAGAGUAUUCCACUUUGCUUUAAUAAUUCACAGUUGCAUAUAAAAACGUGUUUGAGAAACCGUAGGUAGAUCUUGAGUUGAAUAAGUGAAGUUGAGUUGGUGGGUCAACUUUUUGUCACACACGAGUGCAGUGAGGCAAUAAGUAAUUAAUUAUCCAGUGAUAAGCUUGUCGAGUUCUCAUGACCUACAUGCUCAUCUGAAUAUAUUAUCCACUGGUAUCUCCUCUCACUGUACCAUUGCUCUCCUCCAUCAUCGAAUUUCUUUAAAAACUGCACAUCGAACAUCCUGUAGAUUAGACAUAAUGGAGUCUUCCUGUGAUUGAAAUAACAUUGGGUGUAGAACAUCUUGUCCUUGCGGAUCAUGCAUUAGCGUACUUACCACCCGAUGUUCCUGGCUGUGGUGAAUAGCGCACUUCAUCCAUAAUGGCCUGUUAUCUCUGGCUCAGUGGGGAGGGGGGAGGAACUCAGGAACGGCAGCUUAGGCCACAGAAGUCGACUCACUGAUUAGAAAAACAUCGGACAGAGAAUCAUUUAUAUCAGACCAAACUUGCUAGCAGCCGCUGAAUCAGACUUUUUUUCCUGGCCUCUAAUGAUCACAUGUAGCCGCCCUCAUUGUUUAUUCUAAACAACAUGCCUGCUGUUGUUUGUAUGUUUUGCCUGCAACCCCUCUCUAAUGAGCUAUAAUCACCAUUACAGACACAAUGAAUACAUUUUAUUCAUUAAAAAUAAAAUAACGCUUUUUUUUUCUAUCACUAUUUGCGAUGAUGAAACUUCCACUUGUUUAUAUUUCAACCAACCAGGUUCUAAAAGUAUACAAUUACAUCAACUCGAACUCUCCUUUGUGAAUGUAUAGAGACAGUAUACAGUGUGUGUGAAAGAGAAAGAUGGUGUGUUUGUGUCCAUUUGAAUUCUUCCAUUGGCCUCUCUAAUGUGACUCCUGUAUUUAGCUAGCGUUUACUGUUAAGUAGAGGAGGCUAUGAGUCACAAGUAGAGGUGGUGAAAAAAUGAAGGGUAAAGUGAUGCAGUAUGUAGUUCUUCAAUGCUUCUCAGAUGAACUAAUUAUUCGCAGAAGGACCUAUUGCAUAUUUCUCCUUGUGCUUCCACUUUGAUCUGCUUAGCGUGCAGAUCAGAGAUCCUCACUGGCAACAGUAGUAAUACAAUAAUAGUAGCAUUCAUCCCACGUCUCUCAUCACUAAAGACGAUGGGAUUCUGUCCACUGUGAUAGUAUGUUGAUGAUCUUUUUUCAGUGGACUAUAUAUGCAUUUUUCCCCUAGUCACAUCAGUCUUAAGUCAAUACUUGCAUUUGAGCUGAUCCAGUAUAUCAGUUUUGUUCGUGUACUUUUUUUUUUCAUUGGUUUAUUUGAGUGUCAUACUUAUUCACACGUGUAGCAUAAUUGUAACCAUGGGAACCAAACGAGCUUUACAAUUAUGUAAAAAAAAAAAAAAAUGAGACGAGUAUUUUUAUAUAGUUGACACAUGAUUAAAUAAUUGCUUUCUUCUCACUAGUACCUUGCACUUACCACAUGUACUAAUACUUACACAAGGAAGACUUUAUCCAAAUACACAGUAUUUGUGAACGUUAAAUAAUUACUUUUCUUGCAGGUUGAUGCUCCAUUUUGUACAAUAUACAUAUAUGCUGUACAGUAAAGAAAUUUUAAAACUUCAAAAACUCUUUUAGAUAUACAUUAUUUAUUUUUACCAUUUUGUAAUUUAGACACUAUACUGUAGCUUCAAUAUUGCCAGACUUACUGGAAGUGCCUAUAUUGGUAUUAUGUAUCAUACAGUGAAUAUAUUUGAAGAUCAUUAGAAGUCGUCACAAACUGAACCAUGUGGAUGUUGUAAUGUGAAUACAUUGAAUUACAAGACUAUAAUUUCUGUGGUA